UGGCCAUUUUACUUUUAGGUCUUUUUUCACAGACUCCCAGGCUUCAGGGCGCUGGUCGUGAGGAGGAGGAGGCCUGGGAGGCAGCGCGCCUGCUGUGCGGGUUGUGUCUGAGGCUCCUUGAGCCCAACAGCCCGAGAUGGGCGUCCCUGUGCCUCCCGGACUCCUCUCUGCGCACAGCGUCCCCGCAGCCUGACCCCAUUUCACCCUCCAGCCUUGGGGACCGGCCUCUCAGGUCCCGCCGCCCAGAAUGGCCAGGAUUGGAGCCUCCGUGUCUCCCAGACUCCUCUCUGCUCACAGCUUUCUCUCAGCCUGACCCCAUUUAACCCUCCAGCCUUGGGUACUGGCACCUCUCAGUUACUGCAGCCCAGGAAGCCACAUCCAGAACAGAUAUGAACUUUGAGGACGUUGCCAUUGUCUUCUCUCAGGAGGAGUGGGAGCUCCUUGAUGAGGCUCAGGGACUUCUCUACUGUGAUGUGAUGCUGGAAGUUUUUGCACUUGUGUCAUCUGUAGGUUGUUGGCAUAAAAUCUACGGUGAUGAGGCCUGUUCUGAUCAGAGUGUAGGAGAGUCACAGGUCAGAGCUUCUAAGACAGCUCCAGCCACCCAGAAGAUCCCUCUGUGUAAAUGGUGUUUCUCUGUGUUAAAAGGUAUUUUGGACCUGACUGGGUUACAUGCAGCAGACUUUGAGCAGAAAGCCUUUUGUAGUGACACAUGUGUUGGACACUCCUGUUCCUGUGCAAACCCUCACCAGCAACAGAGGAAUGAAUGUGGUCAGGGGCCCUGGAAACAAGCUAUGGAGAAGGCCUCCUUUGUGAGUAGGUCCAACUUCUUAUCGUUGGUGCCUUCCACCAGCAGGGAGGUUGGGGAAGACUUGCAGUACAACUCAGAGCUUCUCCGGCACCAGGCCACUCUCAACACUGAGGACCUACACUGUGACAGUGAGGUUUCACAGCAAUUUCUUGAUGGAAAUAGUCUUCACCAGUGGGGUGAAUGUAAAAACGCUGCCAGCCACAACCUGAAAGUUGUUCAACAUCAGGGUGUGUGUUCUGGAGAACUGGUUUAUGAGUGUAACAAAUGUAGGAAAGUGUUUAGACAACACUUAAACGUCAUUCAAAAUAAAGUCCACACUGGAGAAAAGCAGUAUGAGUAUAGUGAAUGCAGGAAGUUCUUCAGAGAAAGAGCUGCACUCAUUAAACACCUGAGAGUUCACACUGGAGAGAAGCCAUAUGAGUAUAGACAUUGUGAAAAAUCCUUCAGCAAUAAGUCUGCCCUCAAACUACACAACAGAGUUCACACAGAAGAAAAGCCAUAUAAAUGCAGAGAAUGUGGGAUAUCUUUUCAUCAAUGGACUCACCUCAAUCUACAUCUUAGAAUUCACACUGGAGAGAACAUGUAUGAGUGUCCUGAACGUGGGAAAACUUUUACUUUAAAAUCUCGUUUUAUUAAACAUCUGGGAGUUCACACUGGAGAGAAGCCAUAUAAGUGUACUGAAUGUGGGAAGUCUUUUAGCCGAAAAUAUCACCUUAUUAGACACCUACGAGUUCACAGUGGCGACAAGCCAUAUGAAUGCUCUGAUUGUGGAAAGUCCUUCAAUGGUAACUCCACCCUCAAACAACACCAGAGAGUUCACACUGGAGAAAAGCCCUAUAAGUGUACAGAAUGUGGGGUGUCAUUUCGAAAAAGGGCUCACCUCAUUGUACACCAGAGAGUUCACACUGGAGAAAAACCAUAUGAGUGUAGACAAUGUGGGGUGUCCUUUUGUCGAAGGGCUAACCUCACUGUACACCUCAGAGUUCACACUGGAGAGAAGCCAUAUGGAUGUACUGAAUGUGGGAAGUCUUUUAGCCAUAAAUCCAACCUUACAAGGCACCUGAGAGUUCACAGUGGCGACAAGCCAUAUGAGUGCUGUGAGUGUGGGAAGUCCUUCAGUGAUAAGUCUAUCCUCAAACAACACCAGGGUGUUCACACUGGAGAAAAGCUGUAUAAAUGUAGGGAAUGUGGGAUGUCCUUCCCUUGAAGGGCUCAGCUCACUAGACAGCACAGAGUUCACACUGGAGAGAAGUAUUAAAUGUGCAGGGAAUUUUUUUUUCUCACUUAGUAUAACAACACUGAAGGCAAGUUUUGAGACCUAUUUUUCUGAAUUUAAACCCCUUUUAAUGGAACAUGCACUCUGAUAUAUUUCUCAUCAGUUUCAAGUACAAGUGAGGCUUCAAGGAGCUGCACUAUACUUGCUAACAUGCCCAGACCUACUACCUGAUUGAUGUCACAGCGAGCAUCUGUGGCUGAAGAUAUUUCACCUCUACCACCUGGCUCACCUGAAGAGUGUGCAUCAGUCCCAGCCUCUGUGUGCUCAGGGGAAAUGUAUUCUGUGUUUUCACUUGUGCUUGAGAACAUUAUGAUUACUUCAAGCUCUUGACAGGAUCUUCCUUCCUUUCUGACUAGGGAAUGCAUUUGCCUCAGAGUUUGUCCAGACCACCCAUCCUCAGCUAAGCAGUGCUACCACUUUCAGGGACAUUGUGGGUCUCACAUUAUGGUUUUAUGAAUUGUUUUACUUUAUAAUUCACAAACCUGCAAAUUGCUUACUGUCCUCUGUUCUGGUUUAUGAUCUUUAGUAAAGAUGUUUUUUCUUUCGUAA